AUGACGUUAGAUCGUUCAGAAAUGAGAGCUUGUGUCUCUCAAUGAUAUCUAAAAAUUCUCAGUUUGAUGGAAAUAUUCUCGAAUCGCAAUUUUUCAAUAUACGGUUUACACUACAAAUUCGUGAAAGAUAUAUAUGAAGGUUCAAAGUUAUACGAACCAGGAUUAUCGGCCCUACCAACUUUCGUCUUCUUCAUUUCAUCGUUCAUUUUACUUUUCGACCAUUUUCAUAGAUUCACCAGGAGAAGGACAAGAUGGAAAACAUUCAUUUAUAGAGAACUUGGAUUGCAGUCGUCAUUCUUCUAUCUCACCAGAUUUUGGUUCAUUGUCAUGAGAUUAUUCAAAUGGACAAGCCUAUAUUUCGAUGAUUAUGUUGAGAAAGUGUCGUCACCAGCAGAAGUUUCUUUCAAUAAAGUCUUCAGCAGAUUCUGUAUAUUCUGUUCCCUAACAUCAGCAGCUCUCUUACCAGUAACGAUUAUGUUGGUACAAUAUUUCUUCAAGGAUGACAUUCCAAACUUUCUUUUAUGGGCUGGUGAGAACAGAUGGAUGAGGACUGAGAUGGGACCUGCUGGCCAGUUGUUGGAGAAUGCGCCUAGAUUUACAAUUCCUUCUAAAUGCAACAAAAAUGGUUUGUCAAGAAGGACAGCCAGUGCUGAGGUCAAUAUACCAGGAAGUACAAGAAGUCUUCCUGAUUGUGUCAGGAACUGUAGGUCCAUGAUUCUUUUGCCCAAUUUCAAAGACCGAGUUAUUGCAUAAAACAAAACAAUAUUGUCUUUUAUUAUGUGAAAUUCGAUUAAUAAAAUGCUUUGUUCUAA